AUGGUGGUGGCGAUGUUUGGAGAUGAGUUAACAAUGGAAAUUCUUCUACAUUCAUCUCUUUCGUCUUGGGCAGAAAGUCGUCUGUACAAAUUUUUAAUAACCACAGUGGGAAUAGCAUACCUAGUAGCCGUUACACAUGAGUUCUAUACAGGAACCUUUACAGCUGAGUAUUCAUCAUCAUCUUCAAAUCUUAUAGAAAUGCGUUCUAAUCGGUAUCCGUUUCGCAAUUGCAAAGUUUUAGAUGGUAUACAUCUCUAUUACAACGAUAUGUACAUCAAAGAGUUAGACGUCGCCGAGCAGACAGAUUUGGAUAUUUAUAGAAGAAAACUACAACUAUGGAAUAGAAAUCUUCAAGAUAGAAUUAAAACUGCAAGACAUUGCGAAGCCCGGCAAGUGUCAAGCAGUCUUAAUUGUGAUAUUCUUGUUGAGGUUUCAAACGGAGCCUUACGAGAUCGUGGUUUUUACCUUGACAAAUGUGGGGACGAAAUUAUAGAACUUGAUUUGCACAAAGCAGCAAUGGAGGAUAUACAAAAAGAAAUGGAUUCUUUCUCAAAAAAAAUGCAAAUAACUAUAGAUCACGACUUUGGCAACAAUUUUAAUGGAGAAAACAUGGAUCAGAUGGACUCAAAGGAUUUUUUUAAAUCUGUGUCAUUCUCAGAUCACCAAAACAGCGUGCACCCACAGUCGUUAAGUAAAAGUGUAGCUGCGAAACCACCCAUGUCUUCUACGUUUCCAAGAUCACCGUCUUUUUGUGAUUUGUGA